UAUACACCCUCUUAUAUUUACACAUAAUACCCUAAUACUCUUAAUAAUUCUAAAAAAAAAAACCAAGGCUCUCAAUCAAUUGUGGUUGUGUUGAUCCGAUCAUGUGUUAAUUUGAAUAUGAAGCUUUGAAGGAGUGAUAUCAGAUCUUUGUAUUUGUGUGGCAUAGUACACAGAUGGUGGGUUGUUUUGUUGCUUGGUUCUAAUUUGUGCAAACCAAGCUUAAGGUGCUACUGGGUGUGCUCGUCGAAGUGAAGUUUUUUUUGCUAAAUGAAAUUGUUAUUUAUUUUUUGGUUGAAUCAUCGUUGGUUUAUCUUGACUGUGCCUUGAUUUUGUAGUGUAAUCUUCUUGGUGAUGUGUUGCUUGAAUCGUUAACAUAAGUCCAAUAAAUAUAAUUUCUGCCUAGUAAUUUUACACAUAUGGCUUGGAGUGAAUCUGAACCCUUACUGACCAAAUCACAAGGAAUUAAUUUCAAGACCAAGAGUCACAAGAAACCAAAGUCCAUAGAUACAUAGACUAAGAUAAUCAAUCUAAUUAGGCCAAGACACAGAUACCCAAUCUAAACCAAGAAACCAAACCCCACAAACCAUCAAACCAAACAAUUUAAGUAAGCUAAAGAAGAAAAUAUGCAAACCAUCCGAUGAAGUUGGUUCGACACAAGAAGAAGCAACAAGAUCUAGAGACCACCAAAUCAGAUCAAGGAAACACCAAACCAAAAGCGAAAUAACAACCUAGAGCAUAGGUGGCAAAACCAUUGCUCUUGUUCAACGAAGAGAAGAGAAGAUCCAAGAUUUCAUCACAAAUUGCUUCAAGAUGCUUUGAAAUUUUGUGCCAAACAUCAAGAACCCUAAUUCACACCUUUUGGAAGAGAUUUGAACCAGAAAAAUUGUAGAAAUCCAAGCGAAAUUCCAGAUCUCAAAAAUUAUGAGAAAUUUUUCGAGAAUAUUCAAAAAAUAAAAGUCCAACAAAUUGAUCUCAAAAUCGAAAACUAUGUUGUUACCCAUGAGAAGUCAAGCAGGUAGGUGUCUCUGGUGGUGUUUGGUUGAUGACGUCAUGAUUCAUGUAGAUGAUGUCAACCCUAAUUACCUUUAGUUUCUUUCUUUAAAAAAUACUAAAGUGCUUUAAUUCAUGUUCAGGACUGGAAUAUGCUCUAAUACCAUGAAAAUAUUGAUCAAAACAAGGAAUACGGAAGAGAGAAUGAAAGAAUGUAUUAUGGCUUAAUUGAUUUAUCAAAACAAAACACGACCCUAGAUACACAGUACAAGCCCUUAUAUGGUAGGGCAACAUAAAAGAAAAGAAACGACUAAACUACAAAUAUUAAGAAACUAAACUACUCUAACAGUGGUGGUGAUGGUUGACUUUGGUGUGUCAGGUACAUAGUGGUUUAGGUUGGGAGAAGACGAUGAUGGGAUGGAAAUGGUGGACAUGGUUGUGCAGAUUAAGCCCGUUGGUAUCAAUGGUGGUGGUGCCAUCUAUUGUGGGUUUGGAGUGUGAUUGGGCCGACGAUUGUAGGGGUUUUUGAAAUUAUGUAAUUAAUUCCAUAAAGAUUUUCAUAAAUUAAUUUUUAGAAUUCUUAAAUGUAUUAAAAUCUAUAAGUAAUGUCCGAAUUGUAUGAUUAAUUAUCCUUAGAUUUGUAUGAUUAAAUAACUAGACUAAAAUUCCUAAAAAAAAAUAACUAGAUUAAAACCAUUGUUCAUGUAAUUGUCACAGUUGAUUAAUACAUCCAUUUGAUGCGAACAUUUUGGAAUUAAUGGAUCUAAUUACCAAAAUUGUGAUUUUUAGUGUGAAUUAAUAAUUAAUUUUGACUUAUAGUUGACAUGAUAAUAAAUCAAUACAAUUUGGUUUUAAUUUGGGGAUGAAUUGAUCUUAGAAGGACACUUUUCCCUUAUAAGGGUAUUUUAGGAAUCCUUCAAUUUUUUUAGCUUAUGUCACCAUUUACCAUCAGCCUUUCUAAUAUCCUUUAAAUGUGGAUCUCACUGAUAUUUCUGAAAUGUGUUGGGGUUUCCAUAUAAUUAUGUCAAACGCCAGGGGGGCGCAUGAAAGUUUCCCAAAGAGUUUGUUUUCAAUCAUAUCCAAGGAAAUCAUUUAAUGAGUUCUCUAUUUUGGCGGGCAUUAAUCAUACAAUCUAAUUUCUAGUUUUAUGAAGCAGAUUACAGCUUGUUCUUCAAUGCUUUCAUUCAAAGGAAGUCCAUACUGGAUGGCUCCUGAGGUCAUAAUGAAUACAAACGGCUACAGCCUUGCAGUAGACAUCUGGAGCUUAGGAUGUACCAUUCUUGAAAUGGCAACAUCAAAACCACCUUGGAGCCAAUAUGAAGGGGGCCAGUAUCAAAAUGUUCACAGGACCAACGACUUUUUGUUAUGUGGGAAUCCACAGGUGGCUGCGAUAUUUAAAAUUGGAAACAGCAAAGAGAUUCCUGAAAUUCCUGAUCACCUGUCUAAUGAUGCCAAAAACUUCAUAAGGCUAUGUUUGCAGCGAGAACCAUCUGCACGCCCGAUGGCCCCACAACUGCUAGAUCACCCUUUCAUUCGGGACUUGGCUACCACAAGAGUUGCGAAUUCCAAAAUAACCAAGGAAGCCUUUCCUUAUACCUUUGAUGGAAGCCACACACCGACUGCUUCCGAGCUUCACUCCAACAGAACAAAUGUAAAUACGUGCAAUGGAGAUUAUGUGGCAAAAUCAGUGUUUACAGUCUCAAGAACUUCGAUUAGCCCAAGUGAGUGUCCUUGGCAAUAUAUGGGUUAUUUGAGGAAGAUCAAAGUUCUUUUGAGCAGUUUAAAGUUUAGAUUAACCCAUGUAUUUCGUGAAACUAAUUCGGUGAUAGAUAUGCUUGUAGAUCAGGCUAUGGUGUGCAUGCGAUCAGUGGAUUACUCUGUAGAUUUAAGGUUGCCUUGUGAGGUUGCUUCUGUUUUGGCCCUUUUGGUGGAGGAUCAGAAUGGUUGCCAGUUUUGCGAAGAUGAAGGUGAUUAUGUUUGA